AUGAGCGACGAGGAAAGCGGCAGCAACUACCAGGGCCCAGACCGAUUCCCCGGACUAGAGAAGGACCUGACCGGCUACCCCUACCCAUUCCCCGACCCCGAAUUAUGGCCUAAAGUUCCAGAAUCUAUUCCUCCAAAAUCCGCCUGGGGAAUGGCGGCGAUAAUCCUCCUUGUAAAUGCAGCUUAUGUCGCACUAGUAUUCGACAAAGAACCUAGAUUCGAGGAUGUCCAAGACAAGGGCCGAGAGAUCAUUGCUGCGAUAUCACAUGAGAUGCUCGCCACCCUAUAUCCAACGUUCUUAGAGACAGAAUGGAAGGUGGAACCCAAAACAGUAAAGAAAUUGGUAGAAGACUCAAUGGACUGUCAUGAGCGUCUUCGCACACAUGAUUUCGAACAGACGUGGGUAAUAUUAGGGUGGUAUGGGAGACAUGGCCAUUUUUUGGAGUUACUGAAUGAAAAGUAUCUUCAGGGGAAACCUCAAUUAACGAUUGAGAAAAUUAAGGACCGGGUCUACAAAGCCGAGACGAGUAUUCGCGAAGACGCUUGCCUCCAAAUGCAUCCCAUGGAUACUCUUCUCGAACUUGGCUUCGUCGACUCCCGCGACCAAGCGAGUGUGAGAUUCCUCCAGUCACACCAAAACUAUAAACCCUGGGAUAUACCAGACAAACCACAAUCUCUUAAACACAUGUUCGAACUCAUCCCUCCCUCUCUUCAUCUCACCUUGGCAACCUUCCGUAUGUGCAGCCCGGUUGGAAAAUGCCCCGUUAUCGGAGAAACUAAAAAGCUCGAUGUGGUAGCACCUCCUCACGACCUCUCCCAAGGCUCAGCAAAUUCCGAAAUUCUCCCGCCACUAUACUUCCAGAAACGCACUCGAAAGGAUAUAUUGGAAGUUCUCGUUUUGGUGGAGGUUACUGUUUUUCACUGGGUUUUGGAUGGUGCUAGUUCACAAAGCUUUUGUGGGGCAUGA